AUGGAUGAUGAUAUAGAAAUUGAACGUAUGUUAGAAGAAAAAAUGCAAGAAGAUGUACAAAAGAAAGUACACGAACAAACAAUAAAUAAAACAAAUGAAAAAAAGGACAAAGACAAAGACAAAGAUAAAGAUAAAAAACAUAAAAAACAUCACAAACAUCAUAAACAUCACAAGUCACAUAAAAGUGAUAAAAAACAUGAACGUAAACGAAGUCGUUCACCAAUUGAUCGUCGUCCUCAAUCACCAACACCAACAACAUUACCUAGUGGAAAACGACGAGAUGUUAAUUCUGAAUUACAUCAAUUAGCUAAAACAAUGGGUCGUCCAAAACAACCCAAAGAAAAUAUAUCUACAUCAAAACCUAAUCGACGAGAAAAAUCACCAGAAUUAACACCAGAAGAACGUGAUCUUCGUACUGUAUUUUGUAUGCAAUUAGCAGCAAUGAUCCGUCCACGUGAUCUUGAAGAAUUUUUUUCUCGUGUUGGUAAAGUUCGUGACGUUCGUUUAAUAACAGAUCCUCGAACACGUCGAUCAAAAGGUGUCGCAUAUGUUGAAUUUCGUGAUUUAACUUGUGUUCAAGCUGCACUUGCUUUAUCUGGUGAAAAACUUCUUGGCAUACCAAUUAUAGUUAAACCAUCAAAUGCUGAAAAAAAUCGUUUAGCAGCACAAGCAGCUGCUGCUCAAAAUUCCGUUCUAACUAAUGGAGCAGCACAAAAUCCAGGAUCGAUGAUACCAACACAUGGACCUAUGAAAUUAUAUGUCGGAUCACUUCAUUUUAAUAUAAGUGAAGAUAUGUUACGAGGAAUAUUUGAACCGUUUGGUCGUAUUGAUAGUGUUACACUUAUGAAAGAUCCUGAUACAGGUCGAUCACGAGGAUAUGGUUUUAUUCAAUUCGCUCAUGCUGAAGAUGCUAAAAAAGCAAUGGAAAAUUUAAAUGGUUUUGAAUUAGCAGGACGACCUAUCAAAGUUGGUCAUGUUACUGAACGACUCGGAGAAAUGACAGGUUCAACUGGUGUAAGCUUUCCAACAUAUACUGCUGGCAUUCAAACAUCAUUUGCAUCAUCAUCAAAUCUUGAUUCCGAUGAUCUUGAUCAACGUGGUAUUAAUUUAGGUGCAACUGGACGUUUAGCUUUAAUGGCGAAAUUAAGUGAAGGUAGUGGUUUACAAAUGCCAAAACAUGCUAUUGAUGCUUUACAAGCAGCACAUAUUCAAGCAGCGAGUUCUCAACAUGUUCGUAUACCUGAGCCACCUAAUUCACAACAAUUAGCAACAGUAACAGCUGUUGGUACACAAUGUUUUAUGCUUUCAAAUAUGUUUGAUCCAGUUGCUGAAGCUCGAAAUCCUCGUUGGACACAAGAAAUACGUGAUGAAGUUAUUGAAGAAUGUAAUAAACACGGUGGUGUUGUGCAUAUUUAUGUUGAUGAGAAAAGUCCCGAUGGAAAUGUUUAUGUUAAAUGUUCAACUAUUGCUAGUGCUAUCAAUGCUGUCAAUGCACUUCAUGGUCGAUUUUUUUCUGGUCGUACUGUUAUUGGUAAUUAUAUACCAACACAAUCUUAUCAUAAACUUUUUCCUGAAUCAGCUUCAACAACAACUCAAUUAAAAUCUUCGUUUUAA